GUGACAUCAUCACUCCUUUCAUGAAUAAGAUUUGAGAGAAGACAAGUACCAGCUUUCUCAAGAGAAGAAUUACAGUUCGAUCUGACUACAAGCUCAAGAUGUCUCAACAGAUAGAGGUUACAAACAUCAAACAGGUGGAAUACUUCAGAGAGAUGGCAGGCUCAAUCUCCGACAUGCUCGGUGAAUCUAUACUGGGACGGGUUGGGUGCAAUGUUGAAGAGCUGUUCCAGAAUAUAUCAAGGUGGAAAGCUGAGGAAUGCUCUAAGCCAGAGGCUGAUGAGGAAGAAGAUGAAUCCUCUGUGGCUCAUAAGGUGGACCGGUAUUUGAACAGGUUUUAUAACCUUCGGCGAGCUUUUGCAGAGCACCAAGGAGAGGAAGACCUGGUCAUUAUGGUGGAUGAGGCAGACUUAGGCAGAAAAAGCAGGAUCAACAAGAAGAAGAAGAAGCCUUUUUGGAAGCCCUGGCCUAAAUAUAAAUCACGGAAGCGAGCAACAAAGGAGGAUCCGGAUAAGGCUCUCGAGUCACUACUCACUGCCUUACUCGACAGUGACUCAAAAUCCGUCACUCCGUGUCCUGAAGAGACGAGUAGAAGAAGCAGACAUCAAAUCAGGAUCUACAAGAAGCAGAAGCCUUUUUGGAAGCGCUGCUGUUUAUGGAAACCAUGGAAAAAGGCACAGCGAGCAACAAAGCAGGAUCCGGAUAAGGCUCUCGAGUCACUACUCACUGCCUUCCUCGACAGUGACACAAAAUCCGUCCCUCCGUGUCCUGAAAAGACGUCUGCCACUCCCUCAAUUGGCUCCAGUGAGGACAGCAAAGCUGCUAAUGAAGCAGACUUGACCUCUUUCCCUCCGAAACCGAUAAAUUUGCCAGAUAAAGAUGUCCAACUAGAGAGUAGCAGAAGCAGACGUCAAAACAGAAUCAGCAAGAAGAAAAAGAAGUCUUUUUGGAAGCGCUGCCGUGAAUGGAAACCAUGGAAAAAGGUUCAGCGAGCAAGAAAGCAGGAUUCGGAUAAGGCUGUCGAAUCAGUGAGUGACUCAAAAUCCGUCCCUCCUUGUCCUGAAAAGAUAUCUGCCACUCACUCAAUUGGCUCCAGUGAGGACAGCAAGGCUGCUAAUGAAGCAGACUUGACCUCUGUCCCUCCGGAACCGAUAAAUGUGCCAGAUGAAGAUGUCCAACUAGAGAGUGGCAGAAGCAGACGUCAAAGCAGGAACAACAAGAAGAUCGACAAAAAGAGGAAGCCUUUUUGGAAGCACUGGUGUGAAUGGAAACCAUGGAAAAAGACCCAGCGAGCAAAAAAGCGGGAUUCGGAUAAGGCUGUCAAGUCAGUACUCACUGACGCCUUCCUCGACAGUGACUCAAAAUCCGUCCAUCCGUGUCCGGAAGACACGAGAAGCAGACGUCAAAGCAGGAUCAACAAGAAGGAGAAGCCUUUUUGGAAGUGCUGGCCUAAAUGGAAACCAUGGAAAAAGGCCCAGCCAGCAACAAAGCAGGAUUCGGAUAAGGCUGUCAAGUCAGUGAGUGGCUCAAAAUCCGCCUCUCUUGUCAUCACUUCGAACAUCCUGCAAAAUUUGAAAAGCUCCAUUGACAAGACUCUCAGGGAAACGCUUGGUGCGGACAACUCUUCUCACAUGACACUGAAACUCACAGAGGCCAUUGGGAGCAUUGUUAAUGAUAGUGUGACCUCUGCUCUGUUAGGGGCCAUGCAAGCCCCACAGAAUGAAGGAUCUUCAAAUGUCCAUCGUGCUACCUACUGCAUCCAACAAACCAAAGGGCCGCCUUGGUGGCAGAGCAAUAAGGUCCAGCCGGACUCAAACCAACAAAUGGACAAAGCUGUCAUGUUGUCAUCUGGUGAACAGUCAUCUAGUCCCAAAUGCUCCUCAUCUCCUCCUCAAGCCUCAUCCCGCAUCAGCUCCAGAGGGUCGAACAACACCCCUCUGGUGUUACUGGAUUAUGAAGGAGAGAAUGAGGAGAAGACAUUGGAGGACACCAGAAACACCCCACCUUCACACUCCAUUCUCGAGGGUGAUGAGCACGCAAGUCAGCUCAGCUCCGCAAGUCAGCUCAGCUCCGCAAGUCAGCUCCGCUCCGCAGGUCAGCUCCGCUCUGCAACUGAGCUCAGCUCCGCAAGUGAGCUCAGUGAGCUCAGUGAGCUCAGCUACGCAAGUGAGCUGGACUCACAGGGUGUCAUGGCUGCUUUUGACACGGAUGCCAAUAAGACCCAGCAUGACGAAGGCGACUGUGUCUACCAAACCUGCAAGAAGACCAAGAGUCCGCAGACUUCAGCAGAGGUUCAGGCUGACAGAAAAAUAUCUAUCAUGAAGAGGCUCCGCCGCUUCCUCCACCUGUGAGAGUGACAUGAUCACUCCUUCCCCCUGUCGGAGAUCAUGUGAAAUGAUGGAGGGAGAGAGGUGCCUCUCUCCCUCCAUCUAUUACCUCCCAGCCCCUAAUGAAUUAAUUAAUUAAUUAAUUAAAAGAUUUAAAAAAUAAAAAACUUAAUUCAUAAAAAAA